GUACCUGAAUUUCUUGAACUAAUCUUCUUAAAAGACGGACAGUUGGUUUUGUAAAAGCACGCACUUACAGAUUACGUUGAUCUUGUUUCGUACAACAAGGCCUUAAUCUGCCGGGAUCUCCGUUUAUAUAUAACUGGUCAUUUACGAAGAUAAAUGGAAGCUAAAUUAGUGUGCCUAACAGGUGAAAUGUUGAAACUGUAGUAGAUACUUUUGCUCUUCCAUUCAUUCAUCAACGAGCCAAUGUCGUCAGGUUUCAUUGUCGGUUUCUGCUGACGUUACAUACAGGUUCAGCGUGGUGUUGACACUCAAAAUGAGGAUGAUCACCUUCUUCCUGGUUGGUCUGACAGUCCACGUGAUCUUCUUCCUUUCUAUCUUUGACAUCUACUUCACCUCACCCCUGGUUCAUGGCAUGACACCCCAGGCUACAUCGCUGGCACCCCCUGCUUCCAGACUGGUGUUAGUGGUAGCCGAUGGUCUCAGGGCAGACAGUCUCUUCACCUUACACCCCGAUGGCUCAUCCAGGGCCCCAUAUCUGAGGGGUGUGAUAGAGGAGAGGGGCACCUGGGGGGUGUCACAUACACGUGUACCCACUGAGUCUCGGCCUGGUCAUGUUGCUCUCAUUGCUGGCUUCUAUGAGGAUGUUAGUGCUGUUGCUAAAGGCUGGAAGGAGAAUCCUGUAGAGUUUGACUCAGUGUUUAAUGAGAGCAGACACACCUGGUGUUGGGGCAGCCCUGAUAUUCUGCCUAUGUUUGCCAAAGGUGCCAGUGGAGACCAUGUUUACACCUACACAUACCCAGCAGAGGAGGAGGACUUUGCCUCCACAGAUGCCUCCAGGCUGGACAGCUGGGUGUUCUCUCAAGUCAAAUCAUUCUUUCAAUCAGCAAAGUCUAACUCAAGUCUGAAGGCCAGUCUUCUCGAGGAUAAGAAUGUCUUCUUCCUGCAUCUGCUGGGCAUUGACACAAAUGGCCAUGCUCACAGACCAAUGUCACAGGAGUACCUAGAAAAUAUUGGUCUAGUAGACACUGGUGUAGCUGAGAUGGUGUCUCAAGUAGAAGACUUCUUUGGUUAUGAUGGCAGAACAGCUUAUGUGUUCACCUCUGAUCAUGGCAUGACAAACUGGGGUUCCCACGGUGCAGGCCAUCCUUCUGAGACGCUCACCCCUUUAGUGGUGUGGGGAGCUGGAGUUCAUAGUGCCCAGAGAGUCACUGAAUCCCAACCGUAUGAUGAUGGAUACCUACAAGAUUGGAAACUGGAGCACCUCCGUAGGGUUGAUGUCAGCCAGGCUGACAUUGCUCCCCUCAUGGCUUCUCUCAUUGGUGUUCCCAUUCCUGUCAACUCAGUUGGUGUGUUACCUCUUCUCUAUCUCAACAACAGUGACCUGUUCAAGGCAGAGAGCAUGUACACCAAUGCUAUUCAAGUACUAGAGCAGUUCAAGAUGAAAAUGACCCAAAAAAAGGAGACAACCUUGUCUUUUCUCUUCACCCCAUACCAACUACUGACUGAGUCAAAACAAGCAGAAUUCAUCCACAAGGCCAGAAUACUGAUUCAGCUGGAGAAGUAUGAAGAUGCUAUCUCUCUGUGCCAGUCUCUGAUAUCCCGUUCCCUGGAGGGCCUGGUUUACUACCAUACCUAUGACAGGUUCUUCCUGGGUUGCAGUGUGGUGCUGGGAUUUGUAGGCUGGACCUCAUAUGUUGUUUUAGUCAUACUGAAGACUCAUGCCAGCCUCAACAGACAUCCCAGUGUCCUCAAACAGACUCCCAGCCAUACCCUGGCGAGGCUGUGUAUGUGUGUGACAGUGGUGAUCACUGUGUUCCUGCUUAUCCAAAGGAGCCCUGCUACCUACUACAUUUACUGCCUGCUGCCUGUCCCUGUAUGGUACUCUGUCCUUAAAGAGUCUGGAACACUAACAGAUUUGAUUCAAUCUGCUCCCUCUCUUCCACUGUGGAAAUGUUUCGGCUAUUUUGUGCUGGUGGCAUUUGGAAUCGAGCUACUGGUGGUGAGUUUCUUCUAUCGCGCCAUGCUGACUGUGGGCCUGACUUUGCUCUCUAUCUGGCCCUUCCUGUCGGGACUUUUUGGCAAGGCCAAGUUCCGUUCAUUGAGCUGGUUUCUGGGCUGCCUAUUUUUGUCUCUUUUCCCGCUCAUGCCUGUUGUGGGUAGAGAGCCCGACAUACAUCUGGUUACCUGUGCAGGUCUACUCACUCUCUUCACUUCACUUUGUUACCUCUGGUCCUCACGACAGAGAACACCACUGCACCUCAGUGACAGACAGCAGUUUGUUACCCAGAUGCUCCAUGUGGCAGUGUGUGCAUACGUGCCAUCCCUCACACACUCCAGUCUGCAGCAAAAACAGGGCCUGCCGCUUGUUAAUCAGAUCAUCAGCUGGACCACAUUAGGAUCUUCUAUGCUGGUUCCAUUGUUGAGCUCUACACGUCUUUUCCAUCGCCUCCUUAGCAUAUUCCUCUCUCUCACAGCCACAUACCUACUGCUCAGCACUGGGUCAGAGGCCUUGUUCCCCCCUGUGUUAUCUUGGUUGAUGUUUGUGUGGAUCAACAUUGAACAGGAAGCUAUGCUUGCUCAGGGUGUCUCUGGCAGACAAGAGCUCUCCACUAUUGAUUUCUCUGCAAACAUUGACAUUGCCAAGAUCCGACAACUGAAGUUGGAUGACAUCAGAAGAUCUUAUUUUUUUGUGUUUUUUAUAAUAACAGCUUUCUUUGGCACAGGAAACAUAGCCUCCAUUAACAGUUUUGACCCAGCAUCGGUUUAUUGUUUCCUGACUGUCUUCAACCCCUUCAUCAUGGGAGGACUGAUGAUGUGGAAGGUUAUCAUUCCAUUCAUAAUAGUAAUGUGCACAUUUGAGACCAUCCAGGUUGCAACACAGCUUUCAUCAAGAAGUUUGUUCCUCAUAGUCCUGGUCAUCUCUGACUUGAUGGCUCUGCACUUUUUCUUCCUGGUGCAGGACUACGGCAGCUGGUUGGACAUUGGCACAAGCAUUAGCCACUAUGUGAUAGUGAUGUCGAUGACCAUCUUCCUGAUGUUGCUAAGUGUGGUCACACACAUACUCACCUCACAAAGACUUAUCCUGUGGAGGAGACCCAAAUUGCACUUCCCCUAAACAAACAUGUGCAUUUAUGGUGUCAUUGACUUUUCUUUUUUUUUUU